AUGGCUCAAUCAUUGCCUUGUCAAUCACCAUCUACUGGUGACACCGACCCUAUUUUUGAUAAGGCUGUAGCAAAGUUCAAAAAAGGCCUGACCAAAGAUCAAGCCCAAAUCUUCGCCGGUUGCACGCUAGAUGACGUCAAAAACGAGAUCAAAGAUAUCCAGAACCGCCAUGGCUCUCAGCGACGUUUAAGGAACAUGGAACGCCUCUCCAAGUUCGUAGAAGGGAUGGACCAAUUGGGGAAAGUCGUGGAGGUUUUCCUCAAUCUCCACAACACCGUGGCAUUAAUAUGGGGCCCUCUUAAAUUUCUGCUUCUUACUGCAAAGACUUCUAUCGAUACUCUGGAGAGUCUACUUGAUGUUUAUGCUCAAGUUGGAGAGGUUCUACCAGAUCUCACCCGCUACGGGCAGAUUUUCAAGGAAUAUCCUGCUGUUCAUACACAUCUCGAGUCUUAUUACUGUGAUAUCCUCCAGUUUCACAGUAACGCUCUCGAAGUGUUUUCUCGCCCAUGCUGGAAAGUCCUCUUUCAUUCCGCCUGGAAAACCUUCAAGACUCAAUUUGACCCAAUAUUGAGAAGUCUUCAGAGACACCGAGACAUGCUCUCAGAAGAAAAGCUGACAGCUGUCAUGGAAGAGACGCAAAAACAGGGUCAAUCCAUCCAGGAAAAACUUCAUCAGUUGAGUAAAGAGUUGGGAGAGAGAGACAAGAAGAACGCGGAAAGAGAUUUGAUUGACUAUCAAAGUCGUAUUGAUCAGCAAAAACGCACCGUUGAGAGCAAAAUCGAUGCUCCGAGCUACCACGAAGAUUACGAAAUCGCAUCACAAAAACGAUUUGCGGCCACAUCAGGUCGUUGGAUUCUGAACCACUCUCCGAUUGUAGAAUGGCUUGACCAUAGCUCUAAUGCUAGUGGAAAGAUCUAUUUGAGUGGCAUACCCGGAGCCGGCAAAACUGUCCUUACGUCUAGCAUAAUUAGCCAUCUCAAAGAACGAAAGUCUUCCAGCAAUGAUUUUGUUGAUAGGUUCUCCAUAUCAUAUUUCUUUUUUAAGCACGAUCAGCCCAAGAAAAACUCAUUGGUCUCCCUGCUUCGUGCCCUACUGGCGCAGCUAGUCGGUCAAGAUAUAAGUUUGCUUGACCACGUCUACCAGGCAUGUUGUUCCGCCGAGUCCCAACAAUUUCGGUCGAUGGAUGAGGUCUCUCGCCAUGUCUCGAUGGCGCUCCAGUCGCAGUCCCGAUGUUUCGUCGUUAUUGAUGGACUAGAUGAGUGUUCAGAAGCGUCUAGAGAUCUGCAGUGGUUUGAAAGUCUCAUGUCCAAGAAGGAUAGCACUUCAGGAAACACCGAUUCCAGCAUCCGGCUUUUCAUAUCUGGACAGCGGGAUGGCAUUCUUGAACAAAAGAUGUCCCAGUACACAAGGAUUGAUCUGGACAAAUCCUUCGGGCACGAGCAGGACAUCGAGGGGUUCGCUAAUACCAUGGCCGGCAAAAUUCGAGACAAGUUCUCUUUGGACUAUACAGUAGAGCAGGACAUCGCUUCGCGUGUCACAUCACAGGCAGGCGGAAUGUUUCUCUAUGCACAGCUUGUCCUCAACAAUCUCCUCUCUCAGACCUCGAAGUACGACUUGAAGCAAGAGUUGAAAGCUGAAACGUUUCCCGAGGGGCUUGAACAAGCAUACGAACGUGUUAUUAUUCGAGUGCUGAGAAACCCCAACAAAGCCGAGAGCACUGCCGCUAAGCAUAUUCUUGGGACGAUCAUUUGCGCUUGUCGACCCUUACAUUGGAGAGAGAUACAAAGCAAGUUCUGUAUAGAUCCUCUGGAAGGAGAAGCCGAUAUUGAUCGUCAGCUUGUGAUGAGCUGUAAACAGAUAUGCAGCUCUUUAGUGGAAGUCAGCUAUCUCGAGCCAUCAUCGCUGGGUGAAGAAACUGUCCAUCUGGUACAUAGCUCAGCUCAAGUGUAUUUGGUGCAGACCGAAGAAAUUCAUGUACCAACUGAGAAUGCUAAAAUGGCUCUUUUUUGCGCCGAAUAUAUGAUAUCUCGGCCAAUGACACCCGGACUUUCGAAGGCAGAGAUGCAAGACUAUGCGAUGACUGGCUACUACGGUUUCCACGAUUACGCAUCCGCGUUCUGGUGGAAACAUGUGCAACAGGUUCUGACUGCCUCUGAAAUGGACACUGGGAUAGCCCGGAAGGUAUUACAGACUGCCCAUGAGUACCUGACGAGGACCGGAGAGAUUGAGGAGAAUACAGCUGUCGAUGACGAUUCAUCCGGAGCUAUUCAGUCUCUGAAAAGGAAACUUGAAAGGAUCCCACAGGACCUCCGGGAUUGGACCUCGAUUAAAAUCUACGAAUUACGACUAGUUGUCAUCAGAGAAGCACUCGAAGUGCUUGUUAAUCAGCCCCGCGAACACAGGGUAGCAGGCUUGGCCCUGUAUGGACCAUGGCGUUACAAGUGCCGAAAGCCAUGGUGCCAGUAUUUCAACCACGGCUUUGAGGACGCACAACAACAGCAACUUCAUAAUGAUAAACAUGAGUUGCCAUUUACGUGUGACUAUCAUGGAUGCGUUGCUGCCGAAUUUGGGUUUGAGAAAGAGUCUGAUCUCAGGACUCAUACACGAAGAUGGCAUCCUCUGGAAGAACCCUUGCCAUUUCCCAUGCCGAAACAGCACACAAAGAGUCAUCCCAAUAUCUUCAAAGCGGUCGAAACUGGAGAUCUGGAAACUGUAAAGUACCAUAUACAGCAAGGUAACAUCAGCCCAGAUUAUCAGAAAAAGGGAGGUAAAUGCCUUCUUCAGUCUGCAGUAGAGAAGGGGCAACUGCAUAUCGUCCAAUACUUGAAAGAGAUGGGGGCAAAUAUGGUUGUUGAAUCUCGACCGAACACCCCAUUUGGUAGCUUAUUGAAAAUCGCUGUCGCUUGCGAAGACUUGGAAAUGGUGGCUUUUCUGUCUGAUCUCUACAACUUCUCAGACACCUGGGCUCUACGUCGUUGUACUGACAUGGUGCCAUUUCCACGAUCAAUCAUGGCUCAGCUAAUACGCAAUGCGAGUCCAGAAGAUCAGCAGGACAUAUUGUCCUAUGCUAUCGAGUCAAGAAACGCCACAGCUGUAUCAUACUUCGCAGAAACCCUUGACGCGUCCUACUUCGAUAAUACUCUCAUGGUUGCCGUCAAGUCAAGACAUUUACCUUCUGUGGAUGUUCUGCUGGCGUCAGGAAAGGUUGACCCAAAUGUCCACAGUUCAAAAGGACACGCGCUACUCCAUGAUACUUGCAAAUUCUGGACACUUCCAAUUUUUCAACGUCUCUACGCUGUCACUACUACUACCAACAGUAAAGACGCCUUUGGAAACACACUUUUACAUUUAGCCUCAAAAUUCGGCCAUGAUGCAAUAGUGGAGUUUCUCAUCAAAGAGGGUGCAGACGUGAACGCUAAGAAUCUUUCUUCAGAGACACCAUUACAAUUAGCUUCUACAUGGGACCGCGGUGUGGUCGUGAAGUUGCUUAUAGAUAACGGUGCAAUUUGGGAUCCAGUCGAUAACGUCGCUGACAAAUCGCAUAACGCGGGCGGUAUAGAGCUGUCCAAUCCUAUUGAACUAGGUGGAAUUUUGGAUGAAUUUGACUUUAAUGGGUAUCUAAAAGGGUCUUGGGAGGCGGGACCAAGCGUUGUAGAUCUCGGUGACACUUUUCCAGUAGAAUGA